GGCUGUUGGAAGACACUGCGGGAGGAGAGGCAGAAAGUGAAGACGGAGACGACACAACUUUGCGCACUACUUCUAUUACCGCCCAAGCUUGGUUUCAAGUGGACUCGGGCCGGAAGACAGAGAAGAACGGCAAGUGAAUAUGAAGAUGACAGGAAUUUGCCUUGUUCUAUAUAUUGUGUCUGUUUCGUACUCGAUGUGCAGCCCAGGCAGAGGAUCCCAUUCAUUGCUCUACUUCUCCACGUACAUCAAAGGGGACACGCCUUUUCCCGAGUUCAGCGCAGUGCUGAUGCUGGAUGAUAUUCCACUUGCUUACUAUUCUUUAAAUGAACAAAAACUUCUCCCAAGAGGACCUAUGAAUGAAGAGGACAUGUUCCAUGUCGCUGACCAGAAAUAUGCCAAGUUGGUGUUUACCUCUAUGCACAAGUCCUUCAGAGCUCAAGCACAAAUAUUUAUUAAACAUUACAAUAACACAUAUGGUAUUCCCUCUCUCCAGAGUAUAUUUGGUUGUAAUUUACUGGACCAUAGUGCACCUGGGAGGAUAAUAUACACAGAGUCUUUCAAUGGAGAAAAUGGAGAUGAGACACUUCUAAGUAUUUCUGACAAGAUCUUUCUUCAGUCGAUGCACUGGAGGUCGACACUCCUCGAAGUUUUGGACCCUUUCUGCAUUAAAGCACUUCAGAAACUUCUUAAGAUCAACAGAAAACAUGUAAUGAGAAAAGUCAAACCCAGAGUCAGGCUCUUCCAGAAGGCCCACCCAGACUCUGGUGGGAUGAAAGUAACUUGUCUGGCCACUGGGUUUUACCCCCGUCACAUCAACAUGACCCUGUUCAGAGAUGGCCAGCCUUUGGAUAGCCACCAGAUCACUGGAGGGGAACUGCUACCUAACGGAGAUGGAACCUACCAGAUGAGGAAGAGCCUGGAGGUCAGCACAGAUGAUCUAAAGGAGAACUACCAGUACACGUGUAAGGCUGAGCAUCUCAGCCUGGACAACAAGUUGGACAUACCUUUGGAUUAUGAACCUUAUCCAGACCAGAAAUAUGUUGUGGCAGUGGUGGUGAUAGCACUGGUUUGUGUAACUGAUAUCAUCAUCGGCUUCUGCAGGACAAGAUGCAUGGCCAACAACAGAGGCUUGAGGAUCCACCAGGGAAGGAAGAAGGAUAUGAGUACCCCUGCUACAGCGGAAGGAGGACCUGACACACCUGCACAGAAUGGUGAUGAGAAGAGGGAGAAUGAAGAGGAAGAAGAAAAAGGUGAAGAGGAAAGAAGUCCUCCUUGAGUUGCUGAGCUGGUACCGAGAGGAGCAUGGGAGUCUCUACCAUGCCAUGCCAUCCUCAGCAAGACUGCACACAUCCAUGGGUUACUGCAGUGUUGAAAGGGAAGAACUAGAACACACAGUUCUACCUCUGGCUGAGACACACUGACAGGGAGGGCCCCUGACAAACGGCCCAAAUGUUCUCUCCUGUCAGGAAGGACGCGACUUGUUAGCUGAAGCGAAGAGACAUGUUUAUAUUACAGGUACUCCUAGUUUCCAAUAGUGU